GUGCAUCCGUAUGCAAAGAUGGCAUUGGGCGUGCUUUCUUGCGCAUCAAAAAUAAUUCUUGCUCAAGCGGAUCGCGACGAAGCGGUGCUUGACCUCUACAAGAAGUUGGGUCAAGUGUAUGGCUUCAUAACGCAAGACGGCGCGCUUCUCAAGAUUUCGUCGAUGAGGAACAUCUUGGGACAGAUUUCUCAGCAGACCCUAGAAUGCGCCAAUUUCAUCAGGGAUUAUUCAGAGAAGAAAAGCUUUUGUGAG